ACUUGUAGUCAUACAAAUAAACAACUUAUAUAUUUCGACACAACCAUUUUCAUCAUUUCUAUAAUGAGCCGUAGUCCAAACUGAAUCUAAAAGCACCUCAAUCCCCUAGUCUUCUUAUCUCUCAAGAACUUCUGUGCAAAUCUAUAAUGAUCAGUAAUUGCAGUGAGUUUCAUGUGCAUCACCAGAAAUCAUUCAGAAUUAAGCAUGAAGACACCACCAAGUUCUUCUCCAAACUCCUUUCCAAAGAAAACACCAAUAAGCUAGCCAUCCCUUCUUUCAGAAUCUACUAUGGUGAUAAUGUUCCAAGUUCUGUUCCUUUCAUUUGGGAAUCUCAACCUGGCACUCCAAAACAUACACUUUCUCAAACUUCACAUUAUUUGCCUCCUCUUACUCCCCCUCCGUCUUACUACAAAAAUAAUGAUAUUAACCAAAAACCAACUAGAAAGAAUUCAAGAUCCAAGCUUUUUCAUGCACUCCUCAAGAAACUGAUCAAUCCAAAGAAACCCCAUUUUCCUCUAUCACCUUCUUCUUCUUCAUCGUCGUCGAUUUCAUCAUCGUUAUCGCGGUCGUCUUCUUCACAUUCCUCAUUCUCUGCUCCUACAACACCUUUAAGUAAAUGUGGUGGAUAUCAAGCUGGUGUUUUUAUGACGAAGAAAGCUCUUUUUUCCGACCUCAGUGGCCGUAGAUCUAGUUAAGGUUCUCAUGUGCGUGCUACUUCUUGUAUUUUUAUCAUUUUUAAUUUUAUUCCCUCUAUUUUCUGGUGUUAAUUUAGCUGUUGUAUGCACAAAUGCAAACAUCAGCAACUUAUUGAAGACAUCAUUAAAUAAAAAUAAAAGUAUGUCUUCUUCUUAA